UACCGUACUAUGGUAUUACGAUACCAAGAUGGCGCUCCCCUGUAGGAGUAACGUGAAGUCUCUCUUCCGAUUCAUUCUCAAAACUAAUACAGCGAAACGAUUUCUCUGCGCUGGAAGCAAUGUAAAUUCUAAGGACUCCUCGGCCAGCGGUCGCGUGUUCUCUGGGAUCCAGCCCACAGGUGUGCCCCACCUGGGGAACUACCUGGGCGCACUGGAGAGCUGGGUGUCCCUGCAGGGCGUGUAUGGGUCGGUGCUGUACAGCAUCGUGGACCUGCACGCCAUCACGCAGCCCCAGGACCCCACAGUGCUGCGCCACGGCGUCUUGGACAUGGCGGCCAGCCUGCUCGCCUGCGGCAUCGACCCCGAGCGCUCCAUCCUCUUCCAGCAAUCUCAGGUGCCCGAACAUGUGGAACUCUCCUGGAUCCUGAGCUGUCUGACCAGCAUGCCCCGGCUGCGGCACCUACCCCAGUGGAAGAUGAAGAGCAAGCAGAAAAGUGAGGGAAGUGUUGGGCUGUACACAUACCCCGUCCUUCAGGCCGCAGACAUUCUCCUCUACAAGUCCACUCACGUUCCGGUCGGUGAGGACCAAGUCCAGCAUCUGGAGCUGGCCCAGGACUUGGCGCGGAUAUUCAACAACCACUACGGAGAGUUCUUCCCUGAGCCCCGCGCGCUACUCAGCACCAUGCGGAAAGUAAAGUCCCUCCGCGAUCCGGCCGUCAAAAUGUCUAAAUCGGACCCCCAGAAGCUUGCUACCAUCAGCCUGACUGAUUCGCCAGACGACAUAGUACUAAAGAUCCGCCGCGCCGUCACAGACUUCACCUCCGAAGUGACCUAUGACCCCGACGCCCGGCCCGGCGUGUCCAACCUGGUGUCGGUCCACGCGGCUGUCUCGGGCCUCACCGUCGAGGAGGUGGUCCGCCAGGCGCACGGGAUCGACACGGCCCACUACAAGCAGGUGGUGGCCGAGGCUGUGGUCCAGAGGCUGGAUCCCAUCCGGAGGGAGAUCCAGAGGCUGAAGGACGACCGGGCCCACCUGGAAAGUAUUCUGGCCCGUGGGACACUCAAAGCUCGGGAGCUGGCCUCACCGGUGAUGAAAGAAGUCCGACAGCGCGUAGGCUUCCACUGACUGUGUGUGUGUGUGUGUGUUUUUUUAAAUUGCGGCUGCCCUGUUCUCC